ACAACGCACGUGACGUGCCGCUAGCUAGCUGGUAUCAGACAACGCACGUGACGUGCCGCUAGCUAGCGUUAGCUGCAGCUGCUCGGUGGAGCCGCGUAGUACCAGGUGAGCUGUCGCCUCGUUGCGGACAUUUAAGAGGUCAAAGGGCAGGUAGGCUCACGGGAACAGCUCGUGUUCGUCCUCACGGGCAUCCGGUGCGGGUCCUGGUCGAUCGGCGCGUGCGGGUCCUGGUCGAUCAGCGUGCGGGUCCUGGUCGAUCUGCGCGUGCGGGUCCUCGUCGAUCGGCGCGUGCGGGUCCUGGUCGAUCGGCGCGUGCGGGUCCUCGCGCAGGUACACGGACUCGGCUCUGCGUCACAGCGCGCCGGCAGGAUGAGUCGCGGAGAACCGCAGCCGACAGAUUCAUCCGAAACAAGCUCGUUUUUCCCAAGAAGUACGUCGACAGUGUCUCUGGACGAGCGGUGAGACUCUGCUGCUCACAACAGAACUUUCAUCUUCUCUCAGGUGUUGGUAGACCAGAGGAGCCGGUCCAGAAGUGUAACCUUUGACCCGGUCAUGCUGCGGCAGCAGGAGGGGUGCGUCCCCCCACAGACGCUGCUGCUGGUGGAGACGCAGAGGUCACGGUCGCUCCGCCUGCCGCGCUCCAGGAGGGGGAACGUCUGGACUCGACUCGGCUGGCAUCAGGGCACGUCCAGACCUCCAGGCUUCUGGAGCUUCAUGAACAAGUACAGGUGGAGAACCAGCUUCGCCUCCACCUGCAGAAAACCAGGAAACAUUCACAGACGACUCAGGAAGCGUCGCCUUGUGAGGAUGACAAAGAUCCACAAAAUGAUCAGACGAACACACCUGCAGAUGGGCGGGGUCAUUUCCUCUGGGAGGCGGUGCAUGAGCAAAGGUUGCAUUCCGACGAAGCAGCAGCUGGACGCACAGCUGGACGAGUACAUGUCCAUGACCAAGAGCCGCCUGGACGCACAGCUGGACGAGUACAUGUCCAUGACCAAGAGCCGCCUGGACGCCGAGCUGGACGACUACAUGUCCAUGACAGGCCCGACAAACUGGGAUUGAGGGGGGCGGAGCCAGAGGUCAGCGUUCCCACUGGUUGGAUACAGUGUUCAUUUGGAUCUGGAGAGCUUAUGUUUGUCCCUCAGGUGACCUCCAGCUGUUGUUUUACCUGCUUUGUUUCUGUUGGGCAGUGCGCACUUCACUGACCUCUCUACGCCCUCCGUUGUGUGACUGAGGUGCCGCUUUUGUGCCCCGAAUUUAAAGUUUAAUAUUUUAAUAAAAGAUGUUCUGUUGAGUC